AUGACGGACCAGCCAAUCAAGAAGUCAAUGAGCAAGCCAGAAGCAGCAGGGAGAAUGGUCCAGUGGGCGAUUGAACUUAGUCAAUUUGACAUUGAAUACCAUCCAAGAACAGCAAUCAAGGCACAAGCUCUGGCGGACUUCAUCGCAGAAUUCACGUUCCCUGACGAAGACAAUAUUAUCGACGAAGCAGAUAAACUAAUAAUACAGACUGAUGGUUCGUCAGCCCAAAAGAAGGGGGGAGUAGGGGCCAUCAUAACCACCCCCGACGGAGAAGUACUGAAAUAUGGAGUCCAGCUAAAGUUCCCAGCUACCAACAAUGAAGCUGAAUACAAAGGAAUACUGACGGGACUAAGGCUUGGGAAAGCUCUUGGUGCCAAAAAUUUGUUGAUCCAAAGUGAUUCGAAGCUAGUGAUUGGACAGAUCAAGGGAGAAUACAAGGCAAAAGAAGAAAGGAUGCAGAAGUACCUCAAGUUGGCAAGGCAGUUAGCCCAGGAAUUCGAUGCAGUGGAGUUCAUACAAAUUCCGAGAAGUCAGAACGUGGGGGCUGACGAAGUGUCAAAACUAGCGUCGUCAAAAGAAGAAGGGACUAGCACGGACCUGGCGAUGGAAGUCCAAAAACACCCUAGUAUCGAGGAAUUUGCGACCUUCACCAUCCAGGGCGCCGACACCUGGAUGACGCCCAUAGUGUCAUUCCUCCAGGACAGGCACCUACCUCAAAACUCUGAAGAAGCCAAAAAGAUCAAGAAGAGGGCAGCCAGAUUCACGAUCCUGAAUGACGUCCUGUACAAGAGAGGCUUCUCAAUGCCCUACUUAAAGUGCGUCGACGAGGAAGAGGCCAAAUACAUCUUGGAGGAAGUACACAGAGGAGUUUGUGGCGACCAUGCCGGCUCCAAGUCCCUAGUAAACAAAGUAGUAAGGACAGGAUAUUUUUGGCCAACCAUGCAGGCAGACGCUGCUGAGAUCGUCAGGAGGUGUGACAAAUGCCAACGAUACGGGAAUGUGCAGCGGCUUCCAGCGGAGAAAAUGACUACCAUAUCUUCCCCAUGGCCAUUUGCACAAUGGGGAAUCGACAUCGUCGGUCCACUACCCCAAGGUAAAGGUCAGGUAAAAUUCCUUCUUGUUACUAUUGACUAUUUUACAAAAUGGGUUGAAGCAGAAACCCUAGCAACGAUCACUGAGGCUCGGAUCCAGAACUUUGUGUGGAAAAACAUAAUCUGCAGGUUCGGGAUUCCCUUGACGAUCAUAUCAGACAAUGGAAGGCAGAUCGACAGUCAAGGCUUCAGGGAAUUUUGCUCAAACCUUGGGAUCAAGAAUCAGUUCUCAUCCCCAGGGCAUCCUCAAGCAAAUGGGCAGACGGAGGUGACGAAUAGGACGCUGCUCAAAAUCAUCAAAACCAAGCUGGACGAAGCAAAAGGUGCCUGGCUAGAAGAACUGCCCAGUGUCCUGUAG